GAUACAACUUGGUACGAGUAUGAGAACGAUCACUAGGCCAUUGUAAAAGGAAAAUGUUCAGACAACACGUUCGGUUUAGUUCGCACGAAUAGUAUUCAAAGAGUCCUCAAAUAUUGUCUCCUUCCGAAAAGAAAAAAAAAGUACUGAUAAGCACUGGGGCAAGAACUAGCGAGAAGCACGGAAGACAACGGAAAAUCAGGCGUGAAGUGGUGAUCAAGCAUUAACUAAAUUAAACGAAAGGCGACGAAACGAAACGGAAGGAUAAGGACGAUCGAAUUUAUCAAUGAGUGCCGACUCACAGCAAACGACCUUCACAAGGCAGGCAACAAUUCUGCGAAAGAAUCUGGGAGAAUGGGACAUGGUUCUUCAUAAUCCUCGUGGAGAGGACUGGUCUAAAAUGCUUGGUAGGUUGAAUGCGGCACUUUCGGCAACCUCAACCCUAGACAACAACAUCGAGGACGUCAUGGAGCACUUUGUGUACUUGCCCAAGCGGGCGACGGCAAAUCCCCAAGACAUCCCGUUCUUUUUAUCUACCAAGCUGGAUUCUUCCGCAACAGAUGAGAGAAUGCCGGCAAACUCGUCGUCUCGAAAGAAAAAAGAUUCGACGGUUCAGGAUCUUUUGGCUAUGGGCGACCCUGUGCAGGUUUUAUCAAACUACGAAGAACAAGCGGCAAAAUUAGUACAGGAAUACGAAGAGGAGAUGGUCCGAUUUUGAAUAUUCUAGAAAUACAUUAUACAACUCUCGCAAAGAAACAACGCGGGUUCGGCUCUGUGGGUGGUGUGAAAGAUUGGACAAUCAGGCGUUGCUCUAUUGACAAACAUUCAAUUAAAUUAGCCACGAACUAAUUAGAAGGUCAGAAAACUGCACCAAUUGAAGUAUACGGUAGUAGACUCUCAACUUGAUUAUCUUUAUUUUAUAUCGAUGUUUAUGAUAAGUCGGACUUUGUCGGCAAGGUUGCUUAUUCUCGGUCAAGUAACCCUCGAGAUGUCAGGUGAUUCAUCAUUCUCGAAUCUUCGUCACCCUUUUGUCGGACAACAUCCUCUGACAAAACCAGAACAUGGACGCGAUCUGCAGAUGCCGCAAGCAAUCUUCUUCCGUCCGAUGACCAUUUCAAUUUGUUCAACCCUCGACCAGAGCCACCGUCUGGUUCUACAACAAUUCCAUCCAAUCCAGUGAUCGGCUCCUCCAUCGAAUGAGAAAAGUUCCACAGUCCAAUGGUUCCAUUACUAGAUGCAGUUGCCAUUAGAGCCGGAUGGGAUGGGUUCCAUUGAACAUCGCUCAUAUAAUCGUAUGAGUGACUGACCAGACUCAAUAGAGACUUGUCUGUGUAUGCGGGUGCCCAUAGCUUGAUCGUCCAGUCAACACCGGACGAUAAGAACAAACCGCCAGUACCUCGCAGAAAGCCUUUCGAAAGACCUGCUCUUGGAGCAGACUUGAGGUGUUUGGUUGCUACCGAAGUAACCAUUCCAAAAUGACUUUCGUCUCCACUUUCCAGUUUCCGUACUUGUCGUCUCGAGCGUUGGCCACCUGCACCUAACGAUGCAUUGGGAGAUUGCACGGUAUAAAUGGAUCCCGUAUCGUCUCCACAAAUAAUAUUUCCGGAUUCAGGAGAAACUGCAAGGCAGGAUACGCUAUCUCCAAUUUGAAGAGACUCGACUGGAUCGCGGAGAUUAGCAAGGGACCAGAAAUUCACA